AUGCGUCGCGGUCCAGGCUUGGCGGCGCUCGACCGCUCUCUCCACUCCUCCACCGCGUACAACACGCUCGGCAACGACCUCACCGCCUCGCAGCUCACCGAGCUCCGCCAGCAGCUCGAUCUCUUCAGCACCUCGCUGCGCCAAUUCUCGAGCCAGCAUCGCCAUGAGAUCCGCAAGAACGCCGAGUUCCGCCACGCGUUCCAGAAGAUGUGCUACAGCAUCGGUGUGGAUCCGCUCUCGUCGUCCGCGCGCGGUGGCGGCGGGCUCGCGGGGCUGUGGAGCGACAUGCUCGGCCUCGGUGACUGGCAAUACGAACUCGGCGUACAGAUCAUCGACAUCUGCGUCAGCACGCGCACCACCAACGGCGGCGUCAUUGCAAUGGACGACCUCAUCCGCAGAGUCACCCUUCUCCGCACCGGAUCCUCCGAUGCCAAACAAGCUCCCGAGGUCACAGAGGACGACAUCGUCAGAAGCAUCAAGAUGCUCGCACCACUAGGAUGUGGGUAUGAGGUAUUCUCGCUCGGCAAUGGCGACCAAAAGAUGGUCCGGAGUGUGCCGAGGGAGCUGGACACGGAUACGAUGGUCGUUCUCAGCAUCCUCCUCUCGGCUGACAGGAGUUCGGGCGAGCUGCCUUAUCUCACCGAGGAUGCGCUGGUCUCGGGACCCAAGGCACGCGGAUGGUCGAGCGACCGUGCUCGCGCAGUGCUCCAGAACAUGUCGCAAACAGAAGGCAUGCUCUGGAUCGACGAACAGUGCUUCCCACCCCGCUACUACUCGCUCGCCACCCUCCCCACCGCAUGA